AUGGCGACGGGUUAUGACAAGCUGCUGGAAUUUCUGCUGUCAGAAAUUGCACUCCGAGGCGUACAAGGUGCUAGCAGCGCAGACUUUCGUCACUUUAUUGAUGUCUUCUACAAACAGGCCGUCGGCAAUGAUGAGCCUGCAACCAGCAGGAAUGGCCAAAGGGUUGCUCUAUCAACCGGGCUUGGCCGCGCGUUCUAUGAGCGCCUAUGGCAAUGGCUCACUAAUCAUUCCGAUAUUCGCAUAGUCUACCAGCAAGAGGUUCGUCAGUUCACUCUUUCCGAAUUCGAAGCGGCUGAGCUACAUGAGACCGGUACGAUCGGAGAGACGCAUUCAACAAAUCUGAACCAGUCGCCCACCAAUACAAUCAAGGGGAUAGUGCGACCUUCUAAAGCGCUAUGUGGUCUAAAAGACUCCCUGCGCCAACGCAUCCUCGAAGACGGAUACGACCAGAAAGAACUUGUGACUCGGCCGUCUAAUACUCCAGCUCACAUAUCCAUAUCAAGACCAAUUCGCAACCUACCAAGCGAAGCGUGUCGCACCGCGGAAGCCUUCGAUGAACCCGACUCUAGUAUCACUGCCCCUCGCUUGUAUGCCAGCCAGAGCAGAGUUUGGCAGGCGCUUACAGGCCACGGUAUCGAUCUGAAGAAGGUUCCCAGCAUGGAAUUCGUAUUGCUCUCUCUCAUUGCUGCUCGCGGAGCGGCUGGCAUCACACAACCUGAAUUGAUCAACAUCAGCGGGCAAGACAAGAGGUCUGUCCCUAAACGAACAGAUGAGUUGGCUCGCAAGAACUACAUCGCCAAGAUUUCUGUUCAGUCAAACAAGAUGCGCACUAGUCUCUGCAUCCAUGCCAAAUUCGUUUCUCAGAACACCUUUAUCAAGUCUAGUGCCAUGGAAGACGUGUAUCAAGAGGACGGUACAUUUGUGGUUAGAAACUUCGCUCAACUGUUGUAUAACGUUGUUGGCCAAGGCGGUAUUGUACCUACGCGGUCAAUCAGGGAAAAGCUCGAGGUACCUAUGUCUCGAUGGAAUAAACGAGCUACGCAGGGUGCACUCAUUCGACUCGAUCAAAGCGGAAUGAUUAAGCGACGUAGAGUUCUCAAAAAGGCAUCUUCCGACAAGUGGAUUACUUGUAUUCAGGUGCUGCGCGAACCCCAGGAGGAGGACCUCAAGAACCUUGGCUUUCGACGCGUAGCUGACCUUCCGAAUGACUCGGUCGACGAGCUUCCAGAUGAAGACAUCAAUGGCGAGUCGCUGUUGAAGGAUCUCGAUGCAGAUAUGCCAGACGACGCAGACGCCAAUGUGGACAACCAUGUCAAUGCUAAGCCGGUUGCAAAUAACACCGAUAGCGUUCCUCCUCAGUGGAUACCCGACCGCUUUCUUCCUAACAUCAUCUUCAAUGCCACGGCUCUGGGUGGUGCUCAGGGCUGGGACGCUGAGGCUCUGCGCAAUCGGAUCGUUGGCCCUUUCUGGAGGCGCCCGAUCGAGUCAUAUUUAGUUCGUGUGACAUGCGACUGGGAGAAGACACAACCUAUUCAUCUACGACACCUGGCAGUUAUUCGAGAUGCGGGUACUACCAAGCCCAAAAAGUAUAUUCAUUACCUCUACCGCACAUACGAAAAUUUUCAAAAAGCUGUCGAGGCGAAGAUAGCUGUCUGGGAGGGUGUUAUGGUGCCUCAAGAACCUGGUCAGAGUUCGGAUAACGAGCUUGUCCUGGAUGCGUGGGGGUUUCCAACUGUCAGUGCAGAAGAGUUGGUUCGGGAGACUGGUUCGGCAACACUAUCUGAGGCGGGUUCAGCCAUCGUGAAACCGCGGAAGAAUGGUCCACGAUGGGAUAACGCAGUGGCGGAGGAGGCCGGCUACAAGAAACUCGCAACGUCCGUUCUGAAAGUCAAAACACCAGGCCGAAUCAAGAGACAGAAAGUCAUCAAGGAGAAGCCCGUUCGGACAUUGAAAGCCCCCAAAGCUUCUAGGAAACGCCCGACUAUCAUACUAACACCUGAGGAGAAGACAUCGCUAGGGCUUGAUGGCGAUGCCCGGUUGAGCAAAAGCGUCCAGGCCCAAAUCCUCGCCCAUCGUCAGAAAACAGGUGACCCGUUUUCUCUGCCUGAUGCGAUUGUAGAUAAUCGAGCAAAGCGUCAGCUACCUCAGCCACUGCUGACAACAGAGGAGCGGUUGGCACUAGGAUUGGCAGCCAAAGGACGCUUGGGUAUCGCGACAGAGAACGAAAUUCGGGCAAAACGUGGACUACCCCAGCUGGUUAAAAAGGAGAAGAAGCAAGUGACAAAAGCCACGAGCGAACCUACUGUUCUCAGCAAGUCGCAGAGAAUAGCUCUGGGCUGGACAGAUCAUGGUCGGUUACCGCAAGCGAUCAUAGAAGGCUUACGCCAAGAGCGCGAAGAUGGUAUCUCCGUGAAAGAUUCAAAAGUCAUUGCGAGCUGGGACACAGAAAUGAAGCGCAGGAAAGAGGAAAGUGACAAGAAAAAGGGCGCUAAACCCAUCCCGAAGCAGACCACCCUAACAGAGGAUCGCGAUGUGUAUAUGGAGAAUCCGGACGCCGAAUAUACGCCGAAUCCUGCCGCUGUGGAACCCAAGGCUGAGAUUCUAUCGUCCAAUAUCAUCACAGGGAAGCGAAGGGCGGAAGACUCUAUCAUCACUCCAAAGACGUCAAAGAGGCGACGUAACACAGACACUGUACCAUACAGGUCAACCUCAAGAUCUACGACGUCAAGGUCUCCCUCGCCCACUGAUGCAACAAGUCCACUGGAAGACGGUACUUCAGUGGCCUGUCCAGAUGAAAACCGUACCGAUGAUACGAGCCAGUCGACUUCGGCGCAAGCCAUUCGAGCUGUCCUGGCAACACCUUCGCCAGUGAGAGAUCUUAUCAUCCCAAGCGUAGAAGCCAAACAGUCUCCAAAACAUGUAACGACGUGGAUGUAUGUUCAACCCGAUACCUCGAAAUUGGAUGCCCAUGCUCGAAUAGCCUUCGACCAGUACGAGAAACGACGCGGCCCAGGUCUCUUUCUCAAUCCUUAUAUGAAGCAGAAGGUUGCUCGAGGCCGACCACGCAAGGCUCUAAUGGCUACCUUCAAGCUACCGCAUCUAGCAGACCUUGAAUGGUUUACAUCGGAGUCGGUUCAGGAGCAGGCCGUAGACCGAAUUGAUCCUACUGCUACUCCUGAAGCUGGGUGCAUCGUCAUUGCUCAGCAGAAUGAUAACGUGAUCGAACCGCAUCGAGAACCUCCAGUCGGGAUAUCACCCGAGGCACACACGCAGGUGCAUUCACCGGUCAACUCGGAGGUUUCUGUUUCACGACAAACGCCUUUCGCUGGAAGGUCACGAUCCUCAGUGCAACCCCAGUCACCGAGUGUCAUAGAGUCACAGGAGAUUGUUGUGGAUCACGAAGUGUCAUUUCUCCCUACCAAAAACUCAACUUUGCCAGAAUGUGGAGCAUCGCUAGUCGGCAACGAGGUUAGCAGGGCAAAAGCAUUAUCGUCCGUACCAGAAUCCACUAUUGCUGAAGACAGGGACGCCAAGCCGGCAACAACUGCAACCGACACGAUCGUUGGAAAGCAGGUCAACGAUGUUUCUGAAGUUGCACCGAGGCGGUCACCACCGAAAGUCUCACCAACACCACGCAUGGUAGGCGGCUGGGUUCCCAUCAAUGCGACUGAGCGCUCCCGCACGACACCUUAUCAGAGCCCUUAUGCUGCCAUUGUAGGUUCAGAAGCUCGCCUGUCACCAGAUACUCCAACUAGUACCCAGACUGGUGAAGAACCCACUCUCAGCACCGCCGAACCGCCACUUCCUACUCCUGGGACCGACAACGGCACUUCCCCUCCCGAUGCCAUUCAUAGCUUCAUUGUAGAGACUCCAGCACCUAGUGUUCCAGGUACCAAGCCCAGGAAAGCUCAAACCGGUGGUAUAACAGGCACUCAGCGCGCGCUGAGGCAAAAACUUAUCGAGAAGAUCAUCGACACAUGCCACGGUGUUUUCCCUGGCGGUGGUGAGAUGUCAAGACCAUUUCUUACGCUUUGGAAAAAGACGUAUCCAAAUAUCGCAGAGCCUUCAAUUAGCACUAUUACCGAGACACUGAGGAAUAUGUCUGCAGACCCGCGAUUCAGGCUGAAGCAUUGGACUUUUGCUUCGCAGCACAAGAACAUGCCAGGUACUGCGACCAGAAGGAUGUACACACGGGCACAUCUGAACGAGAGAAGUCCUGAAGUCCUCAAGUUGGCGCACAACAUGGCGCAAUACUCCCAACAAAAAGAAAACGUUCACCGUGUGUCAGAGAAGUCACUCUUGUAUUACCCAGAGGAGAUCCGCGAUCUGAUCGGCGAGGUUGUAUCAUACCAACCAAUCCAAGCUGCUCCCAAGGAUGAGAGCAUCAUUCUCAAUCAGCUAAAUCCUGAGCUAGAAAAGCAAAUCACGGAAGCUAAGCUUCGAAAGCGCAGCAUAUGGCAGAAACAGAAAAGGCUGGAGGCCAAGGCUCGCAAGGCCCAGAACGCUCAGGUCGAACAAGUAUCUUCUAAGCAGAUUCGAGACAGUAGCGGUGGGCCGCAUACAAAGCGGGCGCGACUUGCUAGUUUGAAUGAUAAAAGCAAGAAGUUACGUCGUGCUCCUCUGUAUGCUGCCAGCAUGGGAGCUUUUGACGAAGACUCCGACGACGUGGCAGAUGAUGAACCUACCGCCAAAUCCGGACAGAUCUCGCUCAUCUGGACUCGACCCAUCGUCGCGCCUGUUCCGGAACGCGAGCAACUUUCCGAUGAUGAGCCGCCCGAAGACGAUGACAGCGAUGAAGAAGUAACUGACUGGGUCGAGCAACAGGAGCAAAGCAACGCAGUAGAUGAACAGAUCCCGCUGGAUGUAACUCAGUCCAUCGUCGAAGAACCUUCCGACAAUGUGACUGCUGCGGAGCCUGAUUCUGCCAAUGUUGAAAACACUGGUCCCCUGGCCUCUGAUGGGAAGUCUGUAGACGAAUCUGCUGCCGUAGAGAAGGGCAAGAAGCGAGUACGGAUCAUAGCUCCGCGCGACCAGUCAUCCAGGAAGAGAACCCGUAUCAUCCCAGCAACAUCUACAACAACGCAAGAUGUGGAAUCUAUCUAUCACCCUGGUACGGAUGAUGAUGUACGAUCUGCUUCGGAGAUAGACGACGAGUCUGAGGACAGCGACAACGCUGUACAUUCCAACACGAAGAAGCGAAGGAUGAGAAACUUCCAUGGACGGCAACGAGGCAAGCCGGGUCCUCCUCCAACCCUAUUGGAACGCCUCACUGGUCUAACUGGUGAUCCAAACGAUCCAAUAUACCAGCCCCCGCAGCGUGUACCUAGACCUGAAAAAUCACCUCGGUCAUGGAGCGAGCGGAAGAGGAUACGCAUCAACAGGUUCAAGAAGGAACGACAGUAUGCUCAAGCUACAGACUCGCUGGAUGAUUUCAAAAAGAUCUUCUAUACUUUCAUCGUUGUUUCUUCUCUAUCUGGAGAGGACGGGCAGAUUGACUGGAGACUUUUCAAGAGGAUAUACGACAGUGACAGAUUCUUCGAUUUGGCGAAGACCAAGAAGCUUUGGGACUGGAUGCAGAAGCACAUGUCUGAGCAGGUUUCUGAGCUUACCACUACCUUCCAGUCGCUUUAUCUUGAAGCUUACGAAUCUGGCAAAGUUGCAACUAUUGAGAAUCCUGAGACGCACGAUUGGACGGGUCUGGUACGAUGGGCCAUGCGAAAGUGUGCCUACCCAGAUCUUCCUCUCCCCGUCUUGAGGCAAGCACUCCAACAGUUCACUGUUGAUGAGUCAAAAUACGAGAUAUUAGAUCGUGUGCUAUGGUACAAAGCUGCGACAGCAGAUCGAACCAGGACAAUGCUUCAGCUACAACAAUCCUUUACUGCUCCACUCCAUCGAUCGCGUGAGGCGAUCUGGUCACCUGACGAUAAGCUUCUCAAGGCACGAUCAUGGAUUCGCGCGAACACAGCUACACCGCAGGCGCUUUAUGAUGCAAACCUAGCACACGAGAAGUUUAAAGACAUUGGUGAGACUGUAUUGGUCAAUGUUGUGGGUGAUCUCGUGGACAAGCAGCAUCUCAGGAUGCGCAAGCUCAAGCGCCUCCUACCCGGCCGCAACUAUAAUUUCACGCAAGCCUUGGCGAAGAAGUAUACACGUUUGUUCCAGCUCGACGACUUCAUGAACGCCGUCAAGAUCAAGAAAAAGAUGGACGCUGCGUUUGCAGACGAUGAUCCAGGGCAGAGAUUUUACAACAUGUCACGCUGCGAAGAAGAUGGCGCUUUUGCAGCAAUCAUGACCAUGGUAAACGAGGGGACAGUUAAGCUAGCUCCUCAGCUACCGCCUGUCAACAACGAAUUCGACGCCUCGCUCCCAAAGCUGUCCGUUUGGGGCUUUUGUGAAGGCGGCUACAACCACCGAGCUAUAGACAGAAGCCGUUUGUUCUGGGACAUCCAUGUCGUGCCGACAGCAGACUACAAGUUUGGUAACCCACUGCAGCCGGUAUCCACUCCGCUCUCGCCUAUGCAGGAUGAGCCUGCGGUCUGGCGGGCGCUACCUGAGCCGCCUCUUCCUGGCAAACACGAUGCUGGCGCACUGCUACCCAUUUGGAGCAGUAUUGACGGCCAAUCCGUUACAUGGCCGUGGUGGCACCGGGUUCUGAACUUGGUGCUACAGCCCUUGAUCUUCUUAGCUGGCGCAACUGUUACCGAUGUUCACUCCCAUUGUCCUGAGCAUACCACCGAGCUGUUUGAGAUUCAGCUUGUCUUAGACUGGCUUGAGUCCAUCAAGGUAGUCACCAAGACGGUUGGCGGCGGUUACAUUACCCUUCCCGGAUUUUGGGCUGCAUUCGGCGACCAGCUGCGUGAUACGGAAGACGACUGGUUUGGUGAGCAUGUCAAGCGUAAAGCGAAGAACCACGAGAAGCAGCGUUGGCGCGUCGAUUACAACUUGAGGCACUCAACGUUACAAGCGCGUAAGGUAACAGGCGCUGACGCAGCCCCCGUCGAGGAAGAAGGCGAUGCGAAUGAUCCGGAGGUUGGCGCCAUGGAGACGAGCACGAGUCGCGAGAUUCUCAAGAACCCGAAACAACAGUACAGGAUCAUACACCAAGCCCUCAACUCUGAGCAAUCUCAGGCAGAGGAGAACCGGUCAGAAACCAUACCCCCUUCCGGCUCUGCGACUCCACAAACCGAGCAAGUACCAACUCCAGACCCGACAGUAAGCAAAUCUCACACCCCCGAGGCCACGGGCGCGCCCAUUGAUAACGUGGAGAUGGCGGACGCGGACGUGGAUGCUGAAGACGAGGAGGACAUUGAUGCCGAAGGCGAGAUCGACGAUGACAUAUAUUGA